AUGUUCUCUCAUCAAAACCGAGAUCGAGACCGUGGACGAGGUGGUGAUGAAGACGAUGCGCCCGAUAAUACGGAGAUGAAAUCAAAGAGUCGCAGUCAACCGAGCGGACUUAAUCGGGUCAAGAAUCUCUCAAGAAAGCUAUCCGCCAAAUCGCGAAAGGAACGUAAGGACCGUGAUCCAAUUGACAACAACUCGAAAAUGUCUUCACCUGGAGGAGAAGCAUCGUCGAAAGCACAACCGGAGCUCAAAGCUCAGAUCAAGAUUGGUCAUUACAUUUUGAAGGAGACAUUGGGUGUUGGUACUUUCGGAAAAGUCAAAGUCGGAAUCCAUGAAGGGACACAAUACAAAGUGGCUGUCAAAAUUCUGAAUCGUCAGAAGAUCAAGUCACUGGACGUUGUCGGAAAGAUCCGUCGUGAGAUUCAAAAUCUCUCACUGUUCCGUCAUCCACACAUCAUUCGACUGUACCAAGUGAUCAGCACGCCAUCGGAUAUCUUUAUGAUCAUGGAACAUGUCUCUGGAGGAGAACUCUUUGACUACAUUGUGAAACACGGACGUCUGAAGACUGCUGAGGCCAGAAGAUUUUUCCAGCAAAUUAUCUCUGGUGUUGAUUACUGUCAUCGUCAUAUGGUUGUGCAUAGAGACUUGAAACCAGAGAAUUUGCUGCUCGACGAGCAAAAUAAUGUCAAAAUUGCUGAUUUUGGACUCUCAAACAUCAUGACCGACGGAGACUUCUUGCGUACAAGUUGUGGAUCACCAAAUUACGCUGCCCCAGAAGUAAUUAGCGGAAAAUUGUAUGCAGGUCCGGAAGUCGACGUGUGGUCAUGUGGUGUGAUACUCUACGCCCUUCUCUGUGGAACCCUUCCAUUCGACGACGAGCAUGUUCCAAGUCUCUUCAGAAAGAUCAAAUCUGGAGUGUUCCCAACACCAGAGUUCUUGGAGCGCCCGAUCGUCAACUUGCUUCAUCAUAUGCUUUGCGUUGAUCCAAUGAAGAGAGCAACGAUUAAGGACGUGAUCGCACACGAAUGGUUCCAGAAGGAUCUCCCUAAUUAUCUCUUCCCACCAAUCAACGAGAGUGAGGCUUCAAUUGUUGACAUUGAGGCUGUUCGUGAAGUCACAGAGCGCUACCAUGUUGCCGAAGAAGAAGUGACGUCAGCUCUACUCGGUGACGACCCACACCAUCAUCUCUCUAUUGCCUACAAUUUGAUUGUCGACAACAAGCGGAUUGCAGAUGAGACAGCCAAGCUGUCAAUUGAAGAGUUCUAUCAAGUGACACCAAAUAAGGGACCAGGACCGGUUCACCGUCAUCCGGAGCGUAUUGCAGCUUCCGUGAGCAGCAAGAUCACUCCAACUCUCGACAACACUGAAGCUACCGGCGCUUCUCGCAGCAAGCGUGCUAAAUGGCAUCUGGGGAUUCGUUCACAAAGUCGUCCUGAGGAUAUCAUGUUUGAAGUUUUCCGUGCCAUGAAGCAGCUUGACAUGGAAUGGAAGGUGCUCAACCCGUACCACGUCAUUGUGAGACGCAAGCCAGAUGCCCCUGCCGCGGACCCACCAAAGAUGUCCCUUCAGUUGUAUCAAGUUGACCAGAGAAGCUAUCUGCUCGAUUUCAAGAGUUUGGCGGACGAGGAGUCCGGAUCAGCUAGUGCAUCAUCAUCCCGACAUGCUUCCAUGUCAAUGCCCCAGAAACCAGCUGGUAUCCGUGGAACGCGGACCUCAAGCAUGCCGCAGGCGAUGAGUAUGGAGGCGAGUAUUGAGAAAAUGGAGGUGCAUGACUUUUCGGAUAUGUCGUGUGAUGUCACACCACCACCAUCACCAGGAGGAGCCAAACUGUCACAGACAAUGCAAUUCUUCGAGAUUUGUGCUGCGCUCAUUGGAACAUUGGCUCGUUAA